CAAGAGCUAUACUCCUUUACCAGCAAAUUUCCCGGUUUGGAAGAAUCAUACAAAAUUCUGCAAAAGAUCGGUGAAGGCACUUUUUCCAGCGUGUAUUUAGCUAAACCAGUGGCGAGAAAUUCACUUCACAAAGGAAUCAAUUCAACUGUAGCAUUAAAACGGAUAUAUGUCACGUCGUCACCACAGAGAAUAUACAACGAAUUGAAGUUGUUAUACACGUUACGUGGACAUAAAAAUGUUGCUCCGUUAUUAGAUGUAUUGCGUCAUGAAGAUCAGGUGGUUGCUGUUUUACCGUACUAUGAGCAUUCAGACUUUCGUGAUUUUUAUCGGGACUUACCACUUUUUGGAAUUAAAUCAUAUAUGUUUGACUUGCUGAAGGCUCUUGACUUUAUCCAUUCCAAAGAUAUUAUACACAGAGAUAUUAAGCCAACUAAUUUCUUGUAUGACCCAUUCUCUAGAAGAGGGGUCUUAGUUGAUUUUGGUUUAGCGGAAAUCGAUAUGGAGCCAAUUACAAACAAAUGUCCAUGCUCUUUUGGCGGAUAUACAUCUAAUAUGGUACGUCAGUUAAACGUUGAUUAUGCUGGCCAGUUUCCAAAAAACGGCUACUUGAAAGAUGACCAAAGACCUGGCCGUCGUGCCAACCGAGCAGGAACAAGGGGAUUCCGUGCUCCGGAAGUCCUGUUUAAGUGCAACAAUCAAUCUAAAAAGAUCGAUAUAUGGUCAGCAGGUAUCAUGUUAUUAACGUUACUAUCACGCCGAUUUCCCUUUUUCAAUUCCACAGAUGAUGUAGAAGCUAUAAUGGAAAUCACCAAUAUCUUUGGGAUAACUGAGAUGAAGGAGUGCGCACUAUUUCAUGGACUAGAGUUUGACUGCAAUAUCCCCAAAAUCAAGGAUAAGAUAAGUUUGGAAGCCUUAAUAGCGAAUGCAGUGAUGAUGGAUUGUAAAGAAGGUGACACCUUUGGGGAAGACUCUCCGGCAUGGGAGUUACUUGCCGCCAUUGACAAGAAAGGGGUGAUUCAAGAUAACGAGAUUGGCAGAGAAUACGCACAAGCAAUUACCGUGCUGAAGAAAAGCAUGGUGUUGAACCCUUACGAGCGUUUGGAUGCAAAGGAUCUUUUGAAACUGCCAUUUUUUGAUGAG